UUCUUCCCUGUCUUUCGCUUCCCCAGAGUUCGACAAGGCAACGCUGUAACAAUUAACAGCUGCAAAGUUCUCCAAGUUCAUUCUCACUUCACUUCCCCACAGGAGUGAUCGGAAUAUAUUUUUCGUUUCGUCUGAGCUUAUCUUUCUUUAACAAUGUCGACGGUGAUGCAGAAAAUCAAAGACAUCGAAGACGAGAUGGCAAGGACUCAAAAGAACAAGGCUACAGCUCAUCAUUUGGGCCUGCUGAAGGCUAAACUUGCAAAGCUGCGGAGGGAACUCCUUACACCUUCAUCAAAAGGAGGUGGAGGUGCUGGUGAAGGUUUUGAUGUUACUAAAAGUGGGGAUUCAAGAGUUGGUCUCGUGGGCUUCCCUUCAGUUGGAAAAUCUACUCUGCUGAAUAAGUUGACUGGGACAUUUUCAGAGGUUGCUUCCUAUGAGUUUACUACCUUAACUUGCAUCCCAGGUGUGAUCACAUAUCGUGGAGCUAAAAUUCAGUUACUGGAUCUCCCUGGAAUUAUAGAGGGUGCUAAGGAUGGAAAGGGUAGAGGAAGACAGGUUAUUAGUACUGCAAGGACAUGCAAUUGCAUUUUAAUUGUUCUGGAUGCAAUAAAACCAAUAACCCAUAAGCGUCUUAUAGAAAAAGAGCUAGAGGGAUUUGGUAUAAGGUUAAACAAAGAGCCACCAAAUCUGACUUUUAGGAGGAAAGAUAAGGGUGGAAUCAAUCUCACCUCGACUGCUACCAACACAAAUUUGGAUCUUGACACUGUGAAGGCUAUAUGUAGUGAGUACAGAAUUCACAACGCAGAUAUUACUCUCAGGUAUGAUGCCACUGCGGAUGACCUUAUAGAUGUCAUUGAGGGCAGUAGAGUAUACAUUCCUUGCAUCUACGUUGUGAACAAGAUUGAUCAGAUCACACUUGAGGAACUGGAGAUCUUGGAUAAGCUACCUCAUUACUGCCCAAUCAGUGCGCACCUGGAGUGGAACCUUGAUGGUCUUCUGGAGAAAAUUUGGGAAUAUCUCAGUUUAACACGUAUUUAUACUAAACCUAAAGGUAUGAAUCCUGAUUAUGAAGAUCCAGUAAUAUUGUCGUCUAAGAAGACAACAGUUGAGGACUUCUGCACUCGCAUUCACAAGGACAUGCUUAAACAGUUUAAGUAUGCUCUGGUCUGGGGUUCAAGUGCAAAACACAAGCCUCAAAGAGUUGGAAAGGAGCAUGAACUUGAAGAUGAAGACGUCGUUCAGAUUAUCAAAAAAGUAUAAUUUGUUGUAGUAAGGAGGAUCGAAGAUGAUAUCUUGUGAAAACCGAUCAGAAUGCCUGCCCGAGAUACUAGAGGAUGUUUUUUGAGUAGAAUCAAAGAUCUCCAGGGUUGUUGGAUGACUAGAUCAUACUCCAAUUACUUGUCUUUUUACGGUUGGGGGUUACGUAGAAGAUAUUAAAGUUCUAUUCGUAGUUAAACAAUUUAUUGUCAAGGGACACUGUUUGUCACGUUAGAUUUGGAAAUGAUGUGUCUUGUGGGGUAUACAUGUCUAAAAGAAUUAAUGGAUGAUAAUCAGGGUUGUUCUUGUAAGCAUUAGUAGGGUUUGCUAGAUAUAUACAAUUCAGGUGGAUAUGUUGGUAUGCCUAUGCUGGACAUCUUAACAAAAUAAUGGCAUGGGUUUGGUACAGCAUUUACAUAAAAUUUAUUGAUAUGCUAAAAUUAUCUUAAAUAAAAUCCUCUUGGUUGUCCUAACAGUUCCGCUUGGCAGCCUGGACUACUGUGAUUUUGGUUGAUACAACUGAUAAGUUGCAGGUAGAAGCGUUAGCUGACAGACCAAUUGAUUUCCUCGUUUAGCAUUGGAAGCCAAGCGGCGGGCAAGUCUUCAAUUGAAUAAGAAUGCUUAGAUGAGGAUUUUUUUUUUUUUUUUUUUAAUCAAA